UAGCUUACUCUUACAUUUUUGUGGGUUGUUCCAUAGGUAGUUUCAUCUGCCACAAUGGGUGAACCUCAGCAAGUGAGUGCUCUCCCUCCACCUCCAAUGCAGUAUAUAAAGGAAUAUACAGAUGAAAAUAUUCGGAAAGGUCUAGCUCCCAAGCCGCCUCCACCUGUGAAAGACAGCUACAUGAUGUUUGGUAACCAGUUCCAAUGCGAUGAUCUCAUUAUUCGACCCUUGGAAAGCCAAGGCAUUGAACGAUUGCAUCCCAUGCAGUUUGACCACAAGAAGGAACUAAGGAAACUCAAUAUGUCUAUUUUGAUCAACUUUUUGGACCUCUUGGAUAUCUUGAUAAGGAGCCCGGGCAGCAUAAAACGGGAGGAGAAACUGGAAGACUUAAAACUGCUUUUUGUCCAUGUCCAUCAUCUUAUAAAUGAAUAUCGACCCCAUCAAGCCAGGGAGACGCUGAGGGUUAUGAUGGAGGUGCAGAAACGGCAGCGCUUGGAGACAGCGGAGAGGUUUCAGAAGCAUUUAGAGCGAGUUGUAGAGAUGAUCCAGAACUGCCUGACCUCCUUGCCUGAUGAUUUGCCUCAUUCAGAGGGAGGGAUGAGGUUAAAAACUGAGCCCAUGGAUAUUGAUGACAGCAACAAUUGUAUUGGACGGACUGAACAGCGCAGAGAAGUUGCUGGCUGCAAGAAGGAACAGGUUUUAGACAAAGAUGCUGCUAUGUGUAGCAUUAUUGAUGAAAUGACAUGAGAAGACACUCUUGUAAUUGUACAGAAUUCUUAGGGACAUGAAGUGGACUGGCUAAUAGAAGUCAUAUGGAAUGGUUUGUUUGUUUUUUGUUGGAGGUUUUUUUGCUGCUUUUGGUAUCUGUAUAUAUAAAUCAUCAAGGAAUUUAGUGUAUAUAAACAUUUAACCCAGAAAUCUUAUUUUUGUAGACCUAGGUAAGGUUUUUGCAGUUGACCAAACAGAAGCAUUGCUUGAAAUUUUGUAGAUGUAAUUUCUAUGGUGUGCUGUUUCGAACAGAAAAGCUUUAAAUCUUGUGAAAUAUUUUGUUGAAACAAGUGCAUCAUGUCAGUUGAGUUAAGCUUUAUUCCAUGGUUGUAUUAUAGUUUCAUUCAGUCACUUGCUGGUUUUAUGGAUGCACUUAUUUAAAUAUAGGUUUGAGAAAAGAUCAGUCUCUGUGGGGAAUCUGGAUUUGACAAUUUCAAACAAGUUAAAGGUAACUUGUAAAAAUGUUAUGGUAAGUAACUAUAAAACUAUAUUCUGAUAUAAAAGACGAGUUUAUUGUUUACAAUGUUGGUAAGUCAAAAUUUCAUUCUCUCCUUUCUAGUUUUGUAAAGUCAAUAUAAUUGUCUAAAAGAAUGCCUACUUCUGUUAGUGACUUAUACAGUCAAUGUUGGUAUCCUAACUCUCGUAAGUAACUCUACAAUAAAACCGGUGCAGGAGGCAGUCUCAGUAACAAAAUAGUUUUAAAUUUUCCAAGGAUUAAUCAACAGUAUUCUUUUAAAAAAGAACUAGCUACUACCUCCUUUAAACAUGCCAUGGAUUAUAUUCUUUGAAUGCUAACAUUGUUUAAUACACAUGUUCGUUGACAGUACCAGAAGUAAAAGCAGUGGCCACUUCUCUCUUAGCCAGUAUCAAAUCACAGACUCACACUCUGUGUGAAGACAGGCUGACUUAUAAAUGAAUAUUAACAAUUAUUGGUUAUUUGUCUUCAGAACACUAACAAACUAAUCCCAGCAAAAAUUCCAUUUUGUACAAUGCUUUGCUGCCUAUUUUGAAUAAAACUGAAUAUAAUUUAUUUUAGUAACCUGGGAAGUGAGUCAGGCCCUACUAGAUUGACAAUUGUUCAACUGGAAAAACAAACCCCACCCUUAUGUGACUCUUUUUCAGUAUUUUUUUUCCCACACAUGCUAGAUUCUGUGCGCACCAGAAUAUAUUCAUGACUAUUUUGUUUUUUUAGAAACAUCAUAGACUUUCAGAGAGAGAGAGAUCAGUGCAAUAUCCUUUCCUUUCUCAAUGAAAAAUCACGGAGUACUAUUUCCCAGCUGAGACUAGAGAAGCAUACAUGUUACUCCCAUCCACUCACUCACUUUAGUCUCCAUUAACAUGGAGGCAGGAAGAUUCUGAAAUCAAAACUUACAUUUAAAAGCACAGAAAAAGACUUGACUUAGACUUCAAAACCCCCUGAGACUUGUCUCUAAAUGCGUUGUGUUUAAAAAUGUAAUCCACUUCAUCUUAGGUUUAAUGAUACAUUCAAGUAAAUUUAAGUGGCAUUGUAAUUUCAAUGGAAUUUGUGCGAGUUUUAGUGGAUGCUAAAACUUCCAAGGUUGCUAGACUGUAAAAUAAAGCCCCUCAACCACAAUCCUCCUCCCAGAACAGUCAGUGGGAAAUUUGAUACGAAGUUCGCUAAGUGCAUGAUCACACAUUUUACUCACAAAAAUAUACUGCUACCAGCGAUGAAGCUUCCCUACAAAACUGUGCCCUAGUUACUGUCACGAGGCCCAUGCCUGCCCUACUGCCGUUGCCAGUCACCAUGGUGAUCUUUAUGUUCAGUGCUUUUAAUCAGUUUGUAGCCAAUAGCUUUAAAGGCUAUUCAGCUGAAGAAUCUAUUAACCUGUGCUUUCUGUAUAAAAUGAAUGCCUGGGUAAGCUCUUCAUUUGGUUCUUAACCCUGAUAUAGAGGGGCCUGGAAGUGUUUGAUCAUAGCUAAUAAAGUGACUAGAUCCUGAACUUUGACAACUAAGGUAUUGAAACAAAUAACAUGUGUCUAAUCAUACUUGCUCACUUGAGUGUCUGAUAACAUUUGAGUAUGAGUCUGUUUAUACUUGGUGGUUUCAAGGUAGCUGUAAGUAACAAUUUAGUGCUAUAGGUUGAACCUCUGUAGUCUAGCACCCUUGGGAUCUGACUGGUUCCGAACAAGAGAAUUUUCUGGA